UCUAAAGUGAAAUCAGCUGAUUGGCAAAAUAGACGCACUUUUUACACUUAUUGACGAAAUUUCAACAAUAAUAACUAAAUUUUAAAUGGAGGUGGAAUUUAGCAAGGAGAACUUUUUACUGCCCGAAACCAAAUAUGAAUACUUGGACCAUACAGCCGAUGUGCAAUUACAUGGAUGGGGCUCAACAUUGAAGGAGGCAUUCGAACAAUGCGGAGUGGCAAUGUUUGGGUACAUGACAGAGUUGGAUUAUGUUUCGGUGGAAUCAUGUUAUGAGAUCGAAGCCAAGGGCGAUGACAUUGAGGGUCUACUCUUUCACUUUCUGGAUGAGCUGUUGUUCCUGUUCUCGGCGGAGCCGUUUUUGGUGUGCAAGAAACUGGAAAUCACCAAAUUCGAUUUGGACAAUUUUGAGAUUGUGUGCCGCUGCUACGGCGAACCCUUUGAAUUGGGCAAACAUCCGCAGGGCACUGAGGUGAAGGCAAUCACAUACUCGGCCAUGCAAGUAGUGCAAGAUGUCGAAAGCAACAACUACCAAGUGUUUGUUAUAAUUGAUAUUUGAGUGACGAUGACGAUAAUGAUGGUGAUGACUACGUUAAAGGUAUUAAAUGAAUUUGACAUUGUUGUUGUUAGCUUAACCGUAUGCAAUUUGCAUUUAUGUAUGGUUUACCUUUUAUUCACCCCUGUCUCCAUUAAUCAUAAGUGAAAUAACCAAAAAAAAAAAAACAAAAAAAUUGAAAAAAA